CUAGAUUUUGAGCUUAUAACACUCACUCUGGAUAGUUGGCAGGUCUUAAUCAGGGCAAGUAGAUGAGGUGUAGAAACCACAGUGAUUUCAGUCUUAUGGGAUCCAAGCAAAUUUUUUAAAAAAUCUACAAAGAAUUUUUUUUUUUAAUUCAUAGAGUGAUAUACCUUUAAAAUUGUGUGACAGAAUUGAAAUGACAGGGUUAAAAAUCUCAGGCUAAAAGUCACCGAGAAAUUCAGUUUUUCUUUGAGGAAAACAUUUCUGAGCUAUCACUGACAUAAACAAAAUGUUUUGUUUAAACAAUAAAAGAACCUCAUAUCUAUAGGAAAUCUUGAAGUUACAUUAAAAACAAAAAUACUUAAACCUAGAAGCUGUUACAAUGGGAAACUAGACUAUAAAUAAUUUGCAACUGGUGUGUCACUAGGAAUUCCAAUGGCAUAAAGAAAUGCUUAAUAAACAAAUUGCCUUUCAAGUUUAGCAACUCUGGGGAUAUAACACUAUGAACUGUUUUUUUAAAAUCUGUUGGUAUAAAAGACCUGGAGAGCCUAACUGUACUGCAGAUUCAUUUUAUUGUAGGUCCUAUGAGGUCAUUAUAAAUCUUUGUACUAUAUUUGAGAAAACGCAGAAAACAGUUGUGCUGUCCCCAGCAUCUAAUGUCAUGACAGCCACGAGGCCUGGCACCUGAUUUCUCCAGCACUGUGCUCACCCUUGUGUCCUGAGAGCGUAAGCAGUUUUUGAUGUCUUUGAGAGUCGUCUUUACAUAGCCAAAUUAAAGAAAAGAAGUGAAGUAGGGUCUUUCUGUGUUAGUCAGUCUUUCCUGAUCUUCACAUUUCUUUAGCCACAGAUUAUAACAGACUGUAGAAUCCCCUAACCUCCUUUGACAAUUCUUUCUUGUAUUUUUAGUGACCUUUGGUGAAAAUACUUUGAAUUUCUCUAUUAGGAUAGGUGAGCAGAAAUUCUGAUCAGAAAUAGAAGAACUAGUCAUGAUGAACAUAACUAAAAUGGAAUGGCAAUACUCAACUUCCUAAUAUUUAUUUCGAGCAGAGAUAUUAAAGAUAGUCUUUAUUUUUCAAUGUUUUAUCUGCUACUCCCUGCCUCCUCCACCAACAACAACCAAAACACUUUAAAAUUUUAAAUUGAAAAGUUGCCCAGUCAUUCAGUGAUGUCAAUGAUAAAGGCUGAACCAUAUUUAGACUAACCCCAAGGAAAGGAUAAUGUAUUGUAUUUUAAAAUAUUCCUUUUUACCUUUUCAUGACCAAUGCCUCUUCCUGCUCCUGUUUGCCCUGGCAUCUUUUGGAAAGCUCUGUGUUUUGCAUAGCAUGUGCACUUUUUUUUCCUGAAAUGUGCAACACAUUCGACAUUGCAGUGAUUUUUUUCCCCCUCCUUAGCUCAGAGCAGAGGUGGAACCCCCAGGGGAUUCAAGUACCCACUUGAUAGGCUCAGUCCCUCUUAAUCAGCCUGUAAUGGAGCUAAUGGCUGUUUGUCAUCCUUGGAGAUAUAAAUUUCCUGGCGGUGUCUCCUGCAGACAGUGCAUGAAGUAUGCUCAGUGUGCCAGCAAGGGCUGAUAAUCAGCAGAAGGACAGGGUGCUUCGUUAGUCAGAAGAGCCAGGGCUUUCCGGCUGCCAGGCUACAGAACUCUCCUCACCACUCUUGAGACAUGGACAAUGCCGUUGAUGGACUGGACAAAGCUUCUAUAGCAAACUCAGAUGGCCCCACAGCAGGUUCCCAAACACCUCCCUUCAAGAGAAAGGGGAAACUAUCCACCAUUGGUAAAAUCUUUAAGCCUUGGAAAUGGAGGAAAAAGAAGACCAGCGACAAAUUUAGAGAAACCUCAGCAGUAUUAGAAAGGAAGAUAUCCACACGACAAAGUAGAGAGGAGCUGAUAAGAAGGGGAGUUCUUAAGGAAUUGCCUGAUCAAGAUGGAGAUGUAACAGUUAACUUUGAAAAUUCAAACGGGCACAUGAUACCCAUCGGAGAGGAAUCUACCCGAGAGGAAAAUGUAGUAAAGUCUGAAGAAGGUAAUGGCUCUGUUUCUGAAAAAACACCACCUCUGGAGGAAAAGGCAGAAGAUAAGAAAGAGAACACUGAAAACCACUCUGAAACACCGGCAGCUCCUGCUCUACCUCCUUCUGCUCCUCCUAAGCCUAGACCCAAACCUAAACCCAAAAAAUCACCUGUGCCUCCAAAAGGGGCCACUGCUGGGGCCAGCCACAAAGGUGACGAAGUGCCUCCCAUUAAAAAAAAUACCAAGGCUCCUGGUAAGCAGGCCCCCGACCCUCCACCCAAGCCAACAAGCCGAAACACGACCCGAGAGGCUGCUGGCUCCUCUCAUUCAAAAAAAACAACUGGCUCUAAAGCAUCAACUUCGCCAUCCACUUCAUCCACCUCAUCUCGUCCCAAAGCUUCAAAGGAGACAGUUGCUAGCAAAACAGGGACAGUGGGGACCACCAAGGGCAAGAAAAAAACUGGCAAGCAGCCAACGACUUCUCGUCUGUCCUCAGACACAACCACUUCUGGCAUAGCCGACCUUAAAGGAGAGCCUUCAGAGACAAGAGUGGAGAGUCUCAAACUUGAACAGACUGUCCCUGGAGCUGAGGAGCAGAACACAGGCAAAUCCAAGUCCGUGGUCCCUCCACCCCCUGUGGCUCCAGCACCUUCUCCUCCGGCCCCCACUCUCCCUCUUGAAGAUCAGUGCAUUACUGCCUCCGACACUCCAGUUGUCCUGGUCAGCGUUGGAGCUGACCUGCCCGUCUCUGCCUUAGACCCAAGUCAGCUUCUUUGGGCUGAAGAGCCAAAAAACAGAACCACUCUCUACUCAGGCACUGGCUUAAGUGUUAACAGAGAAAAUGCAAAAUGUUUCACAACCAAAGAGGAGCUGGGGAAGACAGUGCCUCAGCUACUGACUCCUGGUCUGAUGGGUGAAUCUCCAGAAAUCUUCAGUCCCUCAGAAGAUGAAGGCCACAGGGAAUACCAAGCCAGUGACUCUGACUCCGACGGGCCUGUCUUGUACACUGACGAUGAGGACGAAGAUGAAGAUGAGGAUGGCAGUGGAGAAAGUGCUUUGGCAAGUAAAAUACGCCGGAGGGAUACUCUUGCUAUCAAACUUGGCAACAGACCAUCUAAGAAAGAAUUAGAGGACAAAAACAUCUUGCAGCGUACAUCCGAAGAAGAGAGGCAGGAAAUCCGACAACAAAUUGGAACCAAGUUAGUCAGGAGGCUGAGCCAGAGGCCCACAACUGAAGAAUUAGAGCAAAGAAACAUCCUAAAACAAAAGAAUGAAGAAGAGGAACAAGAAGCAAAAAUGGAACUUAAACGCAGACUCAGCAGAAAGCUCAGCCUGAGACCCACAGUGGCAGAGCUACAAGCUCGAAGGAUCCUGCGAUUUAACGAGUAUGUAGAAGUCACAGAUUCUCCCGACUAUGACCGCCGAGCAGACAAGCCCUGGGCCAGGUUAACACCUGCAGACAAGGCAGCAAUAAGGAAAGAACUAAAUGAAUUUAAAAGCACAGAAAUGGAAGUUCAUGAAGAGAGUCGACAGUUUACAAGGUUUCAUCGUCCAUAACGAAGUGCGAGACUGUUUGGACACAGAGACUGAUCAUCUUUGGGGGAAGCCCUGCUUCCUGAAAACCUGAUAUUGCACUGGGAUUUGAAUGUGUGUGUUUCCGUUUAACUUGUGGUGAAGGAAGUGUGUGACUCAGCUUGAUUGGGAAGUGCUCCUCACCUGUGCGGUCCAGAUGGCUCCAACAAGCAAAGGGAAGGAUGCAGUGACUCUUGCUGCCCAGAAUGCACAGCGAUGGUAAGAGACUCCAUGGAUAUUCUUCAUCAGAAGCUUUAAUCAAAGAAGAUGAGCAGAUGACAAUCGCUGGCUCCCUGUUACCAGAAAGCCAAAUUUUAUGAUGCGGGUGAAAGAAAAAUAUAGAUAAAAUUGCUGGGCACUGAAAAGGGGUGGGAGUUGAAAAUCAGAAAGAAAGAGAAAUAUUUCAUUAUGUUAAUGAAGAAAAGAGAAAACUGAAGCAUAAAUGUAUUUUUGAAGUAGUUAUUGGGUAGCUGAGAACUUAGUAAGGGAUUUAGGAAUCUAACCUCCCGAUAUGGAUUCCUCAAAGACUUGAUCUGAGAAUAUUCUUGUUUCACCAUUAUGUUGGUACAGUAUAGUACCACAAUUUUAUGUUGUGCCAGUGAAUCCAGUUGCCAGGAAUAAGUCUGAAUGUUUUCAUGCAUCUUUUUCUUAAAUGCGAGAGCUUCUACUGACUUUUAACAAGCAUGCUUACCCAAAUUUUGUUGCAUGCUUUUAAGUAGCAUUAGCUAUACACACUUGACAUUUUUAAAUAUUCCUUUCCUAGUGUACCAGCCUUCACAGGAAAAGAGGACUGAGAAUAAAGUCAGAUGUAAUGUGACCCUAGAAAACUGUAGCAAGCUUCAGAAAUAAAUCUUUUGAUCUUUCCCUAUCUUGAUUAGAUCCAAAGUCAAAGCAACCAUACUUCACCUAAAGAAGACAGUAUUGACAAUCAUGACACCUGUUAUGAAAACUUGACUCCAAAGUUAAAAUUUAAGCAAGAUACAAACGUGCUGCCUGCAGUUAGUCCUGCAUGGGAAUAAGGACUAGUUAUUUUUUAGUGCUGCAUUUUUUAAAAGUUGGAUUGCUGCUAUUAAAAAAAAAAAAGAAAAAAAAAAAAAAGGACACAGAUCAAAAAAAAAAAAAAAACCCAAAGGCUUAACAGAACAUGGAAAGUUUCCACUACGUUGUGUGUGAGGAAAUCCUCAUCUUGUAUUUUAAGAAUCUGCAGAUUGCAUCCAUAAAUACAAUACAGUAUUUACUGUCAGUGCAAAAGAAUCAGUGAGAUUAAAGUAGUGGAAGCUUUCCCUAUGAGCCUACAGUCUGUAUUGUUUACAUUAAGAAACGCUCUAUUGUUGUGUUCCUAUUUUCCAUGGAGUCACAGGCACAGUAUGACUUCUGCUCCCGAAUACAUAUAACCAUAUGUAAAUACCACCUUGCAUUUAAUUGUUCUUCACGAUUGUUUUGUGCCCCUUUAAUUAAAAACACAUGAAAUGAAUAACAAAACAAGACCCAAAUAGAGUUUAUUUUAUUCUCAGAGUUUGGACUACAAUUUUCUGAGAUGUUUCUGGUUCAGGACUGUAAUUUUCUAUUUCAACCCAAAAGUAAGCAUUUAACCUGGUGAAUAAAUGUAGAUCCUGCCAUUCAUUGGUAUUUUGAAGAACCACUUGAAAUUGGAUCAUUUUAUUUAAAAAUAAAAAAUGAUAAUGCCAGUUGGCCUAUUAUUAAAAGCCAGGAUUGUGUUAGCACUAGGAAAAGUAACCAGCAUUACUGCACCUCUUGUUAGGCUCUGUGCAUUAACAAAAUACACAUAGAGUCUGUUGUCAUUUCACUAAUAGGAUAAGACAAAUUUUUUGCUUUGAAAAAAUUUUUCUGUGUGCCCAGGUAUCUGUCUCUGACUGAGGUUUUGUCUGUUUUAUGGUGUUUCAAUCCAGCCAUAAAAAUUAACUUGUGAUUUUUUUUCCCCAGAGUCAUGCUUUUCCUUAAUUAUAUUUUUAUUUUAUUAUUUUAGUAUCUUGGGAAAAAUACCAAGAGAUAUAAUGUUUCUUUUAAUUGUCUAUGCUUAAUCAUCUUUAAACACUUUAAAUUUCUAACCACAAGACCUCUCUACAAUGGUAAAUAUAAGACAUCACCAUCUUAUCACUCAAAGUACAUGUUAUUGAAAGUUUUUAUUUGGUUGAUAAAAGGAACAAUUUCUUCCCACUUUUGAUGCCUAUGACGCAGUUUUUUAUUGCCUACAAUGAGAUACACUCAGUACAAAAAAUGAAAAUCUGGUAUUUCAAAAAUUUUUUUUGUAUAAUAGGUCAGAUUUAUUAACUACUCAUACUUUUUCUUUAUACUAAUCGAUACAUUUAGAAAAAUUUUUUUAACUUAGAUAAAAGUUUAAAAGU